CGACCGACGUGGUUCCCGUACCCAACUCGGAAAUCUAUCUCGUCCAUGAUAUCGUCGCUGUGCCUCGCUUCCCCCAAAUCCUUCCUCCGCCCCCCGCGCUGCGUCGCCGCCUCCGCCGCCGCAGCCCCUCCUGCCGUCUGCUCGUCCGUGACGCUGUACGACGUGCUCGGCAUCGCCGCCGGCGCAUCCGGCCGCGAGAUCAAGGCGGCGUACCGGAGGCUUGCCCUUGCGUGCCACCCGGACGUGGCCGCGGUCGAGCGGAGGGGCGCGUCCGCGGUCGAGUUCAUGCGGGUCCACGCGGCUUACGAGACUCUCUCUGAUCCGGAGAAGCGCGCCGACUACGACCGCAGCGUCAUGACAGCGGUGGACGCCGGCCGGCGGUGGGCGCCCUUCCGCUCGCAGUGGACGUCGUCGUACUCCACCGGUCGCCGCCGCCCUCGCACGUGGGAGACGGACCAGUGCUGGUAGCACUCAGAGCGACCCACCACAUCAGUGUACAGAUUUUGAGGGAUGUUUUACAUCAAUUUCCCUUGGUUAGAUUUGUAUAAGAAAAUCGAAGUCAUAUAUAGGCGUCCCCAUUUUUCAUCUGCGACAAAAGACUUAGAUGUGUAAAUUGUGUCUGUGCUCAGUUUAACAUGGAAAUUGUUGUUUGGAUCGGAAA